AAAUCUGAUAAAGAAAGAAAGCAAGCAAGCAAUGGUGAGGUUGUGUUUGUUGUGGGUAUCCCCGCUUCUGCUCUCAUUGUUGUUCGCCUUCGCCCUGCCCAGUGCUUUGGCAGACGGAGAAUGCGGACCCAACUUCAACAAUCGCACCUGUGCAGCAGGGUAUUGCUGCAGUACUUACGGUUACUGUGGCACCACUAGUAUCUACUGUUGCGAGAGUUGUGCUAGCCAAUGUGAUUAUAGUAAAUGCUCGUCACCACCACCACCCUACCAGCCACCGCCACCACCCCCACCACCGCCACCUUACGUACCACCGCCGCCUCCAAGCGGUGAAAGUGUCAGUUCCAUUAUCACCAAAGAACUCUUCGAAUAUAUGCUUCUGCAUCGAGCAGAAACUGCUAACGGGUGCGUAGGCGGCUUUUACACAUACGAAGCAUUCAUAGAAGCAGCCGACUCCUUUGCAGGUUUCGGAACCACAGGUGACUCGGAGACGCGCAAGAGGGAGCUUGCGGCUUUCUUCGGACAAACUUCUCAGGAGACUACAGGAGGGUGGGAUAAUGCACCCGAUGGUCGAUAUGCCUGGGGAUAUUGCUUUGUUUCCGAAGGAGCAGGUGAUUACUGCGAUCCACGUGAAGAGUGGCCGUGUGUUUCUGGAAAACAAUACUACGGCCGAGGACCCAUUCAGCUUUCUUACAACUACAACUACGGACCAGCAGGGGCAGCGUUGGGCUACGACCUGCUAUCAGACCCAGAUAAGGUUGCAGAGGACCCAGUAAUGUCAUUCAAAACGGCAAUCUGGUUCUGGAUGACAGCUCAGUCGCCAAAACCAUCUUGCCAUGAAGUAAUGACGGGACAAUGGACGCCAAGUGAAGCAGACAUAGCCGCAAACCGACUCCCAGGCUAUGGAGUCACCACCAACAUCAUCAAUGGAGGAGUUGAAUGCGGCAAAGGCGACGGGGUUGAAACUGUAAAGCACCGCAUUGGGUUCUACGAGAGAUACUGCGGCUUGCUCGACGUGAGCAUGGGUGACAAUCUCGACUGCUACUACCAGAAGCCUUUUAACGCGGCUCUUGCCGUUGGGCUUCAGCUGGUCUCAUCAGAGUAGAGAGUCGAUCGGCAGUCUCUCUUUAAAUAUUGCUAGCUAGCUAGGUUGUCUACGUAUUAAUGUAUCCACCAUCUACUCUGCUACUGCUAGUCUGCUAGUAAUGAAUAAAUUAAAAUGGCUAUGGUGAUGUACACCAUAUUUCAUCAGCUAA